GUAUAUGUGGAUGUCGGACCUGGUAGCACUGGAGAAAACAAUUGUGGACAGUAAGAAGAGCUAUGAGGCCAAAGCCCAGAGUCAAAUCUGCUAUGUUGACGAGGCCUACAUAGAGAUGGAAGGACGAUGUUUGACGGGUGAAAAGGAGUUUUUGCAGGAUUUUGGAAAGGGCCUCGUAAGGUUUGAUGACGGAAAGCUAGAAAAUCCAGUGACUUUUCCAACAGAACUGAAAACAAGAAUCCAGACAUUCUGUGAUCGGAAAUUUUUCCUGGAUAAUGUGUUGAAGACAUUCAGUGAUGAAAUGGCUCUAAUAAUGAAAGGAAGAGGAAGAAAGAGAUUUAAAAGAAGCUUAUCAGAGGAACAAAAAGGCAACAGAGUGCAAGUUACUCUGGAUCAAGACACAGCCUUUCAGAAUCUCUGGAUUUCUCCAGACCUGAAGAAGGUGUGCCAUGUCAACUUUAUUGAGCCAUUGCUUGAACGUCCUAGAGGAUUUAAAUGUUCGCACUGUGUUCUGGGCCGUCAGGUUUUCUCUUCAGGGAGGCAUUAUUGGGAGGUGAAGGCUGAAGCCUUAGGAAACUUGUAUUGCCCUACAAAUAUUGUGCUUCUGGAUGACUGA